CAAAACUAACGCAUCGCCCCACUAAAUGCAAGGUUACAACACUACGGCUUCGAUCAAUCUGACUCGGCACACAGUACAGAGAACUGGGACCAUGCGGUGGUUGUGCAUAGUGUUGUGCUUCGGAUUCGCGUGGGGAGACAAUGCUACGAUACAAUAUGACUCCGCACCACCGGGCUUCGACUACGACUCAAUGCCAGCUCUAGCUGAUCUGGAAGAUUUUGACCUCUGUCUCAAGGAUCCGAAAGCCGUUUAUUGCUUGGCCGACUUAGUACUGCUGGAUGAUGGCACACCUCUAUACGAGUAUAUUAUGAACUACUCUUCCAUCACCUACACAAACUACCACCACCACAAACUCUUCCGAGGAGUCUGCGGGUCCAAGCAGUGUGGCCUCAAUCUGACUCAUGCCGAAGAUCUGACGGCCGCAGGUUUAGUUCUCAAAGAGUGCUUGAACAAUUCCAUCUACGAGAGCUAUGGGCUUCAGGUGGAGACCCUCAAAGUCCGCUACUGCAAGACUAAAGGGGACUACGUGCCUCCUGAUGCCCUGGACUACUCCCUCGGAGCCAUAAUACUGCUACUGCUGCUUGUGAACCUGGGAUGUUCAGCUUACUACUUCUUAUGGCCUGGAGAGAAAGGUUCAGGUAACAGGUACAUGUUGGCUUUCUGCGUCCAAAAGAACUGGAAAGCUCUGAAGUAUGGUGGAAGUGCUGAAGGUGGAAUCUUCAAAUGCUUCCAGGCUUUAAGAUUCUACACCAUGGUGAUGAUCCUCGGCCUCCAUUCUAUGAUCUUCAUCGGAUAUGGAUACACUGCCAACCCUGAGUUUAUUGAACAUUCCUACAGCGACUUCUUCAAAGCCUUACUCUUCAACGCGCGUGUCAUCGUGCAGAUAUUCUUCGUGAUGGGAGGUUUUCUUAUGGCAUACAAGAUGCUGACCUAUGCGGAGACCCAUCCCUUCAGCUUGAAGACCAUACCUAUGGCGCUGAUCAACAGAUGGCUGAGAUUGAUGCCCGCUGUACUCGUAGUCAUGGCUCUAGCUAUGACCUGGGUGCCUCACUUGGGGUCUGGCCCCAUGUGGGACGCCGUGGUCAAAAGAGAGCGGGACAUGUGCCGAGCCAACUGGUGGCAGCUGGUCAUCCUCAUGCCUAAUCUGUUCCCCUUCGAGCACCUUUGUUUGCCUCAGGCUUGGUACCUUGGCACAGACACGCAGCUCUUCCUCAUAACCCUGGUGGUGAUGCUGAUCAUAUGGCGGUGGCCGAGGAGUGGGGUCCCGGUGCUGACGUCUGUCAUGGCCAUCAGUCUCAUCAUACCCUUCCUGCAGAGCUACUUCAUGGAACUGCUGCCUAUAAGAGUCAGUCUUUUCCCAGAAUCUAUCCGAGACAUCUUCGGGUCAAACCUGACGUUCUACCACGCAUAUGUGUCAGCUCAAGGCAACUGGGCUGGGUACCACCUGGGCGUCUUGACAGCCUACUUCUACCACCGGGCUCAGACUGAGAAGUGGAACUUGGGCAAUUCUCUCCUCCUCAAACUCCUGUUCCUCGCGUCAGUCCCGAUUGCUUUCGGAGCAGUCUUGAUGGGCUGGGACCUUCACCACAGGGAGGCAUCGGCCCUCGAGUCCGCUGUCUUCAACGCGUUGAACCAGAACUUCUUCGCUCUAGCCAUGUGUGUCUUCAUCAUUGGAUACUUCUACAGAUUAAACAAAAUCUACGUAGGCUCAGUAGAGUGGGGUCCCCUCCAGCCUCUGGGUAGGAUGUCGUACUGCGCUAUGUUGUUGCACGCCACAGUCCUGAGGACAUAUGGAGGACAGAUGAGGAGGUCUUUCUAUGCUACCGACUACACCGCGAUAAUGCUCUUCGCGGGAAUCGUAUGCACCACAUACCUCUGGGCGCUUCCCCUAUAUCUCUUCGUGGAAGCCCCAGCCUGCCAGCUUCAAAAGAUCCUCUUAGGCCCUAAGAGGAAGCCUAAAAUGGAGCAGGAAGACAACAACGGAAACCAGGUCAAGCCUGGCAUAUCAACGGUGUCAGUGUCCACUGUGUCUACUCAUAUUUAGGUGGUUAGAUUUAGGGUUAGAUUUUGGGUAAGUUGAGAUUCGACCGGACAAAGACUUGGGUCCUUACAAAAUAAUGCUCAAAAUUUGAUUCUUACACCCAUAUUCACAAACAUUACUAUGAGGUCUCACAGUCCAUGUGGACGCACAGGGUCACUCACACACGGACCAAUCACAGAGUUCUAUUCAACGCUGUGCGUUCGAUUUGCGGAUACGGGUGUUAGAUUUGUCCUAUAAUGGGUCAAUUUAUUGAAUGAAAUUCAUCCAAUCAAUGAAUAUAGGCAAUUUCUUUGUGGUCUAGUCAUCUUCAGCUUGAUCAUCACUUUCCAUCAGACGAGAUGCAGGUCAUGAGCUUCCUCGUUGUGAAUUAAAGAAAUCAAAAGCCUUAAGCUUAAUCUAAGCUUCAGAUUGAAUCGAGUUUUAAGUGUCAUUUUGUAUGGACCACAGAUAGAUCUUCUUUUCAAUUUUCCUUUAUCUGUGUUACUGUGAAACCAAUGAUAAUUAUCUUUAUUUUUAAACCUAUUACCAUUGUCCAGUUAUACAUAUAAUAAACCUCUGAUACUUAGGCACUUAUUUGAAUUGAGAUUUCCAGCUGAUUGUGCUCAUCUUCUAAGUACUCAAGGAUAACGUUUCUCUCUCGUCAUACUGAAGCAGUGUACCAGAGGCUUAAAGAUUUCCUUUUUAUUGUUACUGUGUAUAGUUUUACCUCUUUACCUUGUCAUUUAGUUUCUAAGUUCCAUAAGACUUACGUACCUGUACUUGGAUUAAACCAUGCAAUAGUUUUCAACUUCUUAUCCUGUAAGACGUUGACAAAUCUUUAAGAAAGCGUUAAGUAUGCAAUAAUUACCUGAUAACAAAAAUAUCGGCAGAUUUAUUAUAUUGGUAGAAUGAUCAAAUAAUCAGUGUUCUAUUAUUGUGUCGUGCGUAACUAUAGUCUGGUCGCCGAGCACGUAGAAUUUUGUCCAGUGACUCCAAGCUACCCAUCCUUGUCGCUCGCGAGUAAAUUAUGUUGCUA